AUGAAUGAAAUGGGAGACUACACCUUCGCCAAUUCAAGCUUUAAUGUUGAUUUCGGGAAGAAUUGGGAAACCGCUAUCAGGACCCUUAACGAGGACGCACCAGCCUUACAAGGCUUGCGUCAAAAGACAAAGGCCUAUGCUGUUGUAAAAAGUUGGAUGGAUCCCGUAAGGUUUUCAGAGAUUAAUCUUGAUGUCCCACAAGAAGUAAGCGAUAGUAUGAACUUGAUACGCGAUACACCUUUGGCGCAACGAUUGAUUGAAUGGUACUUGGAUGCCGUGUGUGAUGAUUUUUCCGUGAGAUUCAAAAACAAACUACAAGAAUGGCGUUAUAGUACAGAAACUAUGCUCUUGUAUCAACUAAGGUACCACACCAUGCUGUAUUCUUCAUUGCAAGACAAGUCGCAGCUUUAUUCGACUGUUCCGUCAUCUUUCAAAGAAAUGACAAAGAUCGUCUACCGAACCAAUUAUAAAAAAUUUGAAAAACUACGGAAACAAGAUCCUAAUCUGCUGGAAACAUUUCUCCCGAUAUCAACCAAACAUAAUGGCCUCAGCGAGAAUGAGCUAUUCGCAUGGAAAUCGAAUGAUGAUUUGAACUCGAUAUACCUAGCGCAGGAAAAUCGUGCUGAAUCAAAAAACGACAAUCCUAUUGAUAAUGUUGCUUUAGAAGAGAUAGCCCCAAUAGCCAUUGAUAAACCAAUGCUAGAAGAUGAUGGCGCGGAAGGUGAAGAGGAGGGUGAGGAGGACGAAGAAUUAUCGGAUAUAGACGCUGAAGAGGAGGAACCAUCAAUUUCCACGAUUGGACAACUUCGUACCUUCUCCAAUUUAUGUAGUGAAUUAGAUUCACUUGAUUUGCUUUAUCGGACAAAGGAUAUCCUUGAGGAAAUGCUUUGUGAACAGAUAGAGCUACGGAUUGAAAAAACUUGUAAAAAGAAUUAUUAUAAGCCUCAAUUGCGUAGAUCUACCAGAUGGCUUUAUUCUUCGUUGUACCGCUGGCUGCAGAUUGUCAUGCCGCCAGAGUCAUUGGCAUUCAGUGAUACUUCAAACGAAAAGAUGGUUAUGUGGUCCCAUCGCUUGAAUUAUCAUUUUUGCAUGGUAUUCUGUGAUCUUAGAAUAAAAGAAUUGUUUGAAUUGAUCGUUGAUUUUCCAGAAUCUAAACCUGCAAUUGAUGACUUAUUAUUAUGUAUGAAAAAAUUGGAACAAGAUCACCGACAUCGUCUCGUGCAAUCGCUACAUACAUCAUUUAAAAAACGACUGCUUAUUCCUGGCGCGACCACUACGGAUAUCUUAAAAACGUAUAUUUCAACGAUAAAGUGUCUCCGAAUAUUGGAUCCGCCUGGAGUGCUCUUGGAAAAAGUCACAAGCUCGAUUCGUUCUUAUUUGAGAUCUCGAAAUGACACAGUACGAUGUCUAGUCUCGUGUUGGAUGGAUGACAAAAACCCAAAUAGCGAACUGAUUGAAGAACUAGGCAGAGCAACGAUCCCCGUUUCCGAAGACGAAGAGGAGAAUUCAGAAUUUGAUAAUGAUAACUGGAUGAAUUGGGUUCCUGAUCCGAUAGAUGCGGGUCCAAAUUACAAGUCCACAAUACAUCGAUCUGCCGAUAUUACAAACAUCCUAAUCAAUAUGUUUGACAACACGGAUGAAAUAAUUGAAGAAAUUCAAAAACAAAUGGCUCCUCGUUUAUUAUCCAUUACUGAUUACGACACGACCAAAGAGGUAGCAAAACUCGAACUAUUCAAGCUUCGAUUCCAAGAAGCCAAGAUGGCCCAUACAGAAGUCAUGAUUAAAGACAUUGCUGAUUCGAAGCGGAUGGAUAAUCUUGUGCAUACUUCUGGAUAUCUUGCCCCGCGAAUGUUUAACGGGAAUGGUAAUGAUGAUAAUCAGGAGGGCGAGGCACCACUUCAUGCUCAUAUUAUUUCCAAACUGUUUUGGCCACCGCCAAAACAUGAAGAACUUUUACCUCCGGAGCCGAUUCAAGAUAUGAUUUAUAAAUUCGAGGGAACUUAUACGAUGCACAAGCAGCGAAGGAAAUUAGAAUGGUUUCCUAAUCUUGGAACAGUUGAUUUGGAAAUCGAAUUAGAAGAUAGGACACUAGAGUUCAGGGUAUCACCGAUAUACGCAACUAUAAUCUAUCAUUUCCAGAUGCAAGAGGUUUGGUGGCUUAAAGCACUUGCUAAGGAAAUGCACAUGGAACCUGCAAAGUUGCGAAAGAAAAUGCCAUUUUGGGUUGAUCAUGGUGUAUUAAAAAUGAUCGAAACGGAUAAAUGGAAGUUACUUGAAAAGUCGGAGGGAUCUAGUGCAGGAGCCUUCAUUUCCUAUGAUGAACCAACCAUUGCGAUCCAAACGGUGGAACCGGAACGACUUGAUGAGCUUCGUGUGUUCUGGACGUUUAUUCAUACGAUGCUCACCAAUCUCGGAGCACUCUCGUUGGAUCGCAUACACAAUAAUCUCACGAGAGUCGUCCAACCGGUGCAGUAUACUGCCACAGCAGAUGAAUUGAAAGAGUAUUUGGGGUUAUGUAUCGCCGAGGGAAAAAUUGAACAAAUUGGAAGUUUGUAUCAAUUGAAAGAUCCUUGA